GAGUCAUAUGAUAAACCGAGAGUAUACAGAGAGAUAUUGUGUGCGCUAUAGUCUGUCCAUUUUAGCUUGUCCUUGGGACGAUCUGAUCCAUAGAUCGCAAUCCGGGGCCACUAUAUACCGUAGGAUCAGAGGUGUGAAUAGUUCCAUCUGCUCCAGUAGUAGAUAGGCGGGCCGUUGAAGCACCGUUCUUCUGCUUUGUGAGGGUUCCAAACUUCGUGUAGACCGUCAGAUCUUGAGGGCUCACCUUCCGCGCUUCCCAACAGUGGUAUCAGAGCAAUCAACGGCGGAUCUCCGAUUAUUAUCAUUUAAAAAGAGAUGGCCACCAAAGCGUUAAUCGCUGAACAGCUGAAAGGACAACAUUUCGACGGCAACAACUACGAAGACUGGUUCCGCGCAAUGUGAUGCCUUCUGGACGAGGACAACAUAUCUCACACACUCGAUGUAGUUCAAGAGGAACCCAUCUUGGCUGAAAACGGGAAUUUACAAGAACAUAGGGUUGCGAUGACUCGCUAUAAUAAGUGGCGAAAAUAAAAUCGUUCAGCCCGUAAUGUCCUUCUUAGCACUAUGCACAAAGAACUCAUACCUACGUAUGAAGUGCAUGAAACCGCUAAGGGAAUCUGGGAAGCACUGACAGAUGCCUAUGCGCAGAAGUCAGAUGCGAGAGUUAGGGCAAUGGAAUUAGAAUUCCAGGAGUACAGGAUGCCUGUCGGCUGCCCCAUCAAAGAUCAUAUUCGUAAGAUGGAGCAAAUGAUAGGUGCCCUUAGGAAUGUUGGGUGUAAAUUGACUGAAAAUCAGAAGAUUAUAGCCAUGCACCGUUCCUUGCCUGAAUCUUGGGCCCAAAUCAAAAGAAUUCUGAACCAUACUGAUUCUAUCACUACGUUCAGAGACUUUUGUGGCCACUUAGUAUGUGAGGUUGAAAUGAAUGCAAUUCAGCCAGGUUCGGCCAAGGCCUUUGUAGUAGAGACCCAUAAACGGAAAGCUAACAAUAAAUGGUAUAAAGCUCGCAAGAAAGCGAAAAAGAAUAAUCAAGAACAGAAGACCACAACACCUGCUCCAAAUCUCAAGAAGGGGAAUGGAAAGAAGAAGCAGAAAAAGAUAAAUAUAGUCUGUUUUGUCUGUGAAAAUUUCAGCCAUUAUGCUCGGCAGUGUGCCCAUAAAAAGAUGAUAAUUUCUCAGUCACUAGAUACUUUGUAUGUAGGCGUUUGUUUUGAAAUCCUUUCCGUUGAUACUAUAUCUAACGAGUGAAUUUUGGAUUCAGGCGCAACAAAGCACGUGACACAGAGUCGUCGAGGACUCGAGGAAUUCUGGCCUAUAGCCAAAGGAAGUUACAAGCUAUACAUGGGCAAUAACGUUGUUGAAGAUGUAAUAGGGAUUGGCGUUUUCCAUCUUCGUACACGCAUAGGGCGAACAAUAAUCCUUCAUGAUACUCUUUAUGCACCGGGGAUACGUCGGAAUUUAAUUUCUGUUUCUAAGUUAUUAUUUGAUGGUUUUGAUAUUCGAUUUUUCGGGACAAGAGUUUCUUUGAGACUGAAUAACCUCAUCUUUGCAUGGAGAAAUUUAAUUUCAGAUUUAUUUAUUCU